AGUUGCUCCGUGGUCGAUCCCUGAGGUGGUGAACCUUUAACAGUGCGCGCUGGAUCUCCCUGCGGCAGGACGCGCGUCUCCGCAGAUACCGGACCGACUCCUCUGAUUCUUCCAACUCUACAAGAAUCCUUCAGCGGUCCGGAGCAAUGCGCUGCGCUCUGCGUAAAGGUUAGAGAGGGCGGAUCGCUGCCGGACACCUCCGCCUGCCCAGCACCCCGGGGGUCGCGCUUUGUUUCCUGUUAAGACCCUCAUUUUUUUUUGGCCAAAAUAUUCUGAGAAUGGAACCAAAUGGGAAUAACUGUGAGGAUGAGCUGCAGUGUGCUGAGGAGGAAGAAGAGGUGGAUCCCAGAAUCCAGGGGGAGCUGGAGAAGUUGAACCAGUCUACGGAUGACAUUAACCGCUGGGAGAGUGAGUUGGAGGACUGCCGUCAGCGGUUUCGUGCAGUUCUGGUGGAAGCAACAGUGAAGCUGGACGAGCAAGUGAAGAGGAUCGGACGAGCUGUAGAUGAUUCCAAACCCUACUGGGAAGCCCGCAAAGUGGCAAGACAGGCCCAGGUUGAAGCCCAAAAGGCCACUCAGGAAUUCCAGCGAGCAGUGGAGAUCCUGCGGGCAGCCAAAGAAACCAUCGCCCUGGCUGAGGAGAGGCUGCUGGAGGAGGACAGCCGCCAGUUUGACUCCGCCUGGCAGGAAAUGCUCAACCAUGCCACACAGAGAGUGAUGGAGGCAGAGCAGGCGAGAACGCGCAGUGAAGCUGAACACAAAAAAACAGCAGCCAACUACAACUCUUGUAUCAGCCACAUGAGGCAGUUAGAGAAGAAACUGAAGCGCUCCAUCAAUAAAUCCAGACCCUAUUUUGAACUGAAAGCCAAGUAUUACCUACAGCUUGAGCAACUGAAGCGUCACGUGGACGAACGUCAGGCCAAGCUAGUUGUUGCAAAGGCCGAGUACCGCGCGGCGCUACGCAACCUGGAGAGCAUCUCAGAGGAGAUCCACGCCCAGCGCCGCUCCCUCGCCAUGGGAACCAGGGAGCAAGGCGUCGGUGCCGAAGGAGACGGAGGCAACGAGGACAUCGCCAACUUCAAGAUGGAGUCGGACGGCCUGUCAAUGGUGUCAGUGUCAAUCGACGAAGAGGGCAGUCACAGUAGCAGCUCAGAGGAGGAGGCCGACACUCACUCCACCUCCUCUCCCCAAGCAAUGCCCUCCUCGCCUUCUUCCUCCUCCUGCUCCCAUCCUUCCACCUCUGCCUCCACCCCGCUCGACAUGCCCAGCCCUUUCCCCUCCUCCCCCUACCUCUCCUCCUCUCCGUCUUCCACCGCCCUGUCCUCAUCCUGUCCCGGUGGCCUGGAGCUAGCGAGCCCCUGUAGCUCUCACAGCCCAGACUCGGUGUGCGGUUCUGGGCACGCCUCACCUCUCCUGGGCCCUCGCAGCCAGUGCAGUGGAGCUUCCUCUCCAGACUGCGACCAGGAGAGAGGUGACAGAGCAGAGGGAGCCGAGGCGACAUUAGAGGCCGGCCUGAACAGCCUGUCUUUGACUGUAGCACAGAAACAAGAAGCGGACUCCGGGGAUGAACAAGACUCACAUUUUAUUAACCCUGAAAUCUCCUCUCCCGGCUCCGCCAAUACCGUUCUGCUGCUCAACAGUGUCUAAAGACGUUUGUCUGGGCUUUCAAACACUCGCUGUGCCCAGCUUCAAGCCUUCAAAAAGGACUCGCUGUCAAAAGACACGGAGCAGAAUGAAGCAGCCACAGAAGGCGAUGAGACAGCAAGCUGGACACCUGUAUGACAUUGUCUCAGUGUUGUCUAAGCAUCUGUGAUGUCACACGAGAGGUGCUAUAUGUAUUUGACAUCAGUAUAUUAUGUUAACUAAAUUGUGGAUUUGUUGUAAAGAGAUUAGGGGCAGGGUUGUUGGUCUCUAUGUCAAACCUGUGGUAUUAGAACUAGUGUUAUUCAAGGGACUACAUUUCCCAUAAACCUCCUUGAUCCAUAUUGCAAAGAGCUCUUUCUCACUUGAUGGAUUUUCAUCUGUAUUUGCUCAGAGAAGACCAUGCUCUUUUUUCGUGCCAUAAAAUCUCUUUGUGUUGUACAGCUGUGUGACAAAUAUUCUGUCCAUGUUGUAGAGGCUGUCAAUCAUGUCAGCGAUGAUGUAACUCGUCUACAGCUACGCAGCGACGCGUCUACAUCAAUGUAGUGAACUUUAAUUGAUGUUAACAUGCAACUGUUGGCACCACUAAGACACAUUUUUGUAUUUAUGUGAACAACGAGGCUCUGCUGGCUUCCAACGAGGAUCAAAACGGGACGAAACCAAGCAGUCCGAUGGAGGAUUGUGUCAUGCUCUGCCUUUAUUUCUCAACCCUUUCGUCUUGAUCCGUUUUGUUGAUUUUGGAGAAACAAUCAUCAAGGAAGAAACUGGAGUGCAAGGAGUACUCUGAGCACUAAAGAGACUUAGAAUGGUCUUCCAUUUAGAGUCGUGAGUGGAUGAGUGAAUGUGUCGUCGAGUGCAAAGUGCAAACCACGUUCUCGGGAGGUUUGCUUGUGUGACCGAGUGAAUGAUUUUUGAAUGUGUGUCUGUUUGUGCUUUUAACAAAUGUUCAGAUACUACCCCGUAGUGCAGAUAUUCUAUAUUUAUACUCCUGUAUUCUUGUAUAUGAACAAUGUUUUGUGGUUAUUGUUGUCAUUGUUUAGCACAGAAUAGGCAAUAAACUUGUGUUUCAUGUAACAAACAC